AGUAAAAUACUGAGCUGUCUCUCCUCCUGCACUCGCAUCAAAACCUCAUUACACGUGUUUCACCUGCACAGCUGAAGGCAGAACCAACAACACGACUGAAGAAUAAUCCCAUAAGAAGAAGAGAACUGGUCCUGAUUCAGUCUGGUCCAUUAUGGACCAGUGAAGUCUUUCUCGUCCUGCCAAGAAAAAGCAAUGUUUUUGGGCUCAGAAGGCCGUAGCACUGUCAGCAGAGUGUGUGUGGGGCCCCUCCUCUCCCUCUUCCCUAGCACCCCACCUGAUAUGGGAUGCUCUGCCCCUCAGCCCUGAGCUCUCCUGGGGAGCCAUGAACAACUACAGAGACAGAGGGGUCACUUGCACCUCCUCGGACCUUCUGGAUGCAGGAGGAGGAGGUGGUUUGCCACAGCACACUCCCUUUCGUCACACCCCUAAUGGCCACCCGGCCCCCGCUCCCACAGACUCAGCCACCCAGCCUCGCAUGUCUGUGCCUAAAAUGGGCGUUCGAGCACGAAUUGCAGAGUGGCCUCCCCGUCGUGCACGGUCCCGAGAGUCGCUGCUUGAAAAUGGACAAAUAGGCGGUAAUCACUAUGGUGACGACUGCUCCACUUCACUUUCAUCGUCAGUUUUGUCAUCUGACAUCGGGUUGGUGCGGGGAGGAGUUGCCAGGUUGCCACGAAGACGGUCGCGGGAGGUUGAGUUCCGAGUGGGAGGAUUUGGAGGUGAAAGAGGUUCACCUUUGAGCCUAAGAGUGUUCCCACCGUUAAGACAGCGCUCUAACAGUGAAGUGACACUGAGUGAACAGGAUGAGAAUGAGGUGGAGGUUCGUGGUGGUGGGAUGGGGAACUUGUUCAGAGAGUAUGGCAGCACCUCCUCCAUUGACAUCCAGGGAAUUUCUGAGCAGAGCUUCUUCGAUAUGCUCAAUCAGUUCCAUCACGAGAGGCCUGAUCAGCGCAGCUCAGCACCUGAACGCCUUAGGGAGCUGCUUCGUACUCCAGACUCUCCACCAAGCAUACCUGUUCCCGCUGCUCCCUCACCUGGUCCUACAGGUGGAGACAACAGAGGGACAGGGAAGAAGGACGGACCUGAGAGAGUGCGGAAGAAGAGUGGAGGCACCGAGUCAUCACUGGGCACCUCUUCAUUGUUCAGGAAACUUCGGAGCUCCAGCAGAGGGGAGCUGGAUGGAGGGAAAGGAGAAAGUAAUGAUGAUGGCGGGCGCGGUUCAACAGAUUCCUCCUACAAACCAUGGGUGUGCCCCAAGAGCUUUGUCCACUUUGAUGCUCAGAGUAUCCUGUUUGACCUCCAUGAGGCAGCGGCUCAGCGUGGCUAUGCCACACAGAGGAGGAACACUGCCACAGGGGCAUCGGCUGCUUCAGUGUCCCUGUCCGUCUCCAGGUCCUCUGCUCUUCUCAUGAAUGAGCCAGUUUACUCCAGCAUCGAAGACUUAACCAUGAGCCUGGACCCUGCCUCCACAACACCUUCCCUGAAUCUUGACCCUCUGGACAGCCCCGCUGGAGCUCACAGCCCAGGCUCACUGCUCCUCUGCUGCCCACACUUUCUCAAUGAGACAGGGGGCCACGGGGAGCGCAACAUCAGCUUCCUCAGCUCGUCUGCAGAGAGGGGGGGAGAGGGGGGAGGAGAGGGAGGAAGGGGCUGGCUGAGGAAGAGUAAUGCCAGUGUCUCAGUGGUGGAGGUGCCCAUUGAACAGCAGGUCACAAGACUGGACCGACUGAAAUUGUUCAGCAUUGAACAUGUAGACAUGGGGGCCAGGUACUACAGAGACUACUUCCAUGGGAAAGAGCACUCAAACUACUUUGGGACAGAUGAUAAACUGGGUCCUGUGGCGGUGAGCAUCCGCAGGGAGAAACUGGAAGACACCAAAGACCUGAAAGACCAGUACCAGUACCGCCUUGUGGUCAGAACCAGCGAGUUGAUUACGCUACGAGGCUCCAUCUUAGAGGACACGGUGGCUACUACGGGUAGACACGGAACAGUGCGGGGUCUGCCGCUCAAAGAAGUCCUGGACCAGGUAGUCCCCGAGCUCAAUGUGUCCUGUCUGAGACUGGCAGUCAGCACUCCCAAAGUCACAGAGCAGCUCCUGAAACUGGAUGAACAGGGGUUAAGUCAGAAGCACAAGGUGGGUGUUCUGCUGUGCCGUGCAGGCCAGAGCACAGAGGAAGAGAUGUACAACAACGAGGAGGCAUCGCCAGCCUUCUCUGCCUUCCUCGAGCUGUUGGGGGAGCAGGUGGUUCUCAAAGGAUUCAACAAAUACGCUGCACAGCUCGACACAAAGACGGACUCGACAGGCACCCACUCCCUUUACACAACCUACCAGGGCUAUGAGGUCAUGUUCCACGUGUCCACCAUGCUCCCGUACAUGCCCAGCAACCCACAGCAGCUCUUGAGGAAGAGGGCAAUAUGA